AUGAUUAAAUUAAAUCUUCAGUAUCAUUAUUUAUUAUUCUUAUUUUAUAUUAAUUGUAUCUCUGGUCAAAUAUGUCAAAAUAAUAUUGCAGAUUUUUUUUACAAUGUUAAUUUUGCUGGACCAUUUUUUGAUCAAACAGUAUAUACAGUACUAUCAAAUUUUUCUGUAUCAACUCCAAAUAAUACACAAGUAUUCAACUUUAUUGUUAAGCCUCAAACAAUUGACACUCGACCAAGUUUUAUUCCAAUAACAAUUAGUAAUCGCGCACUUGAUAUGACAUUAGGCAAUAUUAGUGUAACAUCAAGUCAUCCAAGUUUCACUGUUGUUAAUUUAGCAAAUGAUUCUUAUGCUCUUCUUACAAAUACUUUUCCUUUGAAUUAUUUUUCACCUUAUAAUCGUUAUUUAUUUCAAUUAAUUGCAAAACAAACAUUUUCUAAUCGACCACCAGUAACUUCAAUAGCACAAGUUCAAAUAAAUUUAGAAAAUGAUAAUGUUCAUGAUCCAAUGUUUAUUCCUAAUAAUCAAAUAUUUUAUAUAAGUGAAGCAGCUCAACCUGGUACACAAUUUGGUACAGUUUAUGCUAUUGAUCUUGAUAAUGAUGAAAUAAUAUAUUCCGUACAUUGUAUACAAUUUUGUAUUGAAUCAACAACAGGUGUUUUACGACUUGAAAAACCAUUUGAUUCAUCAUCACAAUCCGAAUAUUUUAUUAAUGUGACAGCAACAGAUAGUGGUUCAUCUUGUUCAUCACGUCCUUUAUGUCGUAAACGAACAAAAUCAAUCAAUAUUAGAAUUAUUGUAACUGUAGUUAAUCGAAAUUCACCACGAUUUUUAAAUCCAUUGUGUGGUAAAAAUAUAUCAUUUGAUGAAAAUAAUACAAUUGGACAAGAAAUUGUUUCAUUAAUUGUAUUCGACAGUGACCGAGGAGAAAAUGGAUUGAUUAAUAUAUCAUUUCCAUCUGAAGAAUUAAGAACAACAAUAAGUGGUUUAAGAAAUACAGCUUAUUCUCAGUUUUAUAUUGAACAAUUGGAUCAAAUUAAUACAACUCGUAUGGCUGUACUUAGAGCAGAUGAAAUAUUUGAUUACGACAAACCAGGUGCUACUCGAGUUUGGUAUUUAUUUAUAUUAGCUAACGAUAACGGCAAACCUCAAAGACAAGCAUUUUGUAGUUUACGUAUUAAUUUACAUGACGUCAAUGAUAAUGCACCAGUAUUCAUAAUGACAUCAUGGAAUUAUAUAAUAUAUCGUUCAUCUAUGAAUACAACAAAUACUCGUUUUUUACGUAUAAUUGCAUCGGAUGCUGAUUCGGGUUUAAAUGGUAUGAUUAAUUAUUAUAUCGGAACAGCUCAUGUUCCAUACUUUUCAAUAAUUCGUACAACAGGAACAAUUAUACUUCGUAGUGAUAUUUUCGGAAUAUCUUAUUUAAAUAUGAGCUAUUUUCCAAUAACAUUUUAUGUUUAUGCCCAAGAUCGUGGUACACCACCAUUAAUGAGUAAAAAUAAUGCAACAGUAACUAUUUAUUUGAAUGAUAGUGAUGAUCCUCCAGCAGCACGAUGGCUUGAUACACGUUAUGAAGAAUUAAAUAUUUCGAUAACAGAAAAAUUUUAUGAAAAUUAUCGAAAUCAACCAAUAUUUGAUUAUAAUUAUGGAUUUAAUGGAUCUAUUAUAUAUGAAUUAACAUCACAAACAUCAUCUAUUAUGACAGUCAGUAGUCCAUUUCUUGAUAAUACAAAUAUACCAUUUCGUGAUAUACCUGUUGUAAGAAACGGACGAAUAUUUAGAAGUGGUAUUACGGUAACUAGUGGUCUUCAUGCUGAAAUUCAAAACGUUUAUUUACUUUAUAUUCGUGUACUUGUUAAUCCCCCAUUAAUUGGUUCAAUAAUAAUAAGAUUAAAAGAUGAAAAUGAUCAAAUUCCAACAUUUGAUAUACGUUCAAUUGUUUUAAGUGUUAUUGAAAGAGAAUAUGGAAAUCGUAUAAUUGCACAAAUUCAAGCAUUUGAUCGUGAUAUUGAUUAUCAAAAUAGUUAUGUUCAAUAUCGUUUAAAUGAACGUUUAAGUGAUAAUGACGCUCUUGGCAAUUUUCAUGUUGAACAGGAUGGUACAAUAUGGACAAAUACUAUAUUUGGAGAACAAACUAAUAAAACAUUUUAUCGAUUAUUUAUAACAGCAUAUAAUGAUGUACCAGCAUGGAAUUCACCAACACAAAAUUCACAAGAUUUUCAGCUUGAUAUUCAAGUCAUAAUUUUUAAUAAUGGAUUAACAUUGAUAAGUAUUUUAAUAAAUGAAACAUCAAUUAAUGGAACUAAUAUUCUUAAUAUAACAAUAGUUGAUUUAGAUAUUAAUACAAAUCUUAAUUUGGGAAUACUAAAAGGAAAUUUGCGAAAUACUUUUAUUUUUACUUUAUUAUCAGAUAAUUCAUAUAAUUUAACACGUACACAAUAUGAAGCUAUAGGACAACUAAUAGUUAUUGGUCCAUUAGAUUAUGAAUUAAUAUCAGAUUAUAAACUUGUUUUAUUUGCAUUUGAUACAAAAAAUAUAGCAACAAUUAAUGUAACAGUUAAGUUACGACCACAAAAUACAAAAGCUCCUUAUUUUUUUGAUAUCAUGCCUGGUUCUACUUCUUAUCAAUAUCAAGUCUUUGAAGAAACUCCAUGUCCAAUACUCGAUGAAUCUUGUAUUCAAGCAAUUGAUCCUGAUUAUCCAAAAGAGCAUCUUCAUUAUGAAAUCUAUGAUACUAAUCAUCGAUUAAAUUUAAAUAAUCUAUUUCUAAAUCAAUCAAAUAAUUGUGUGUCAAUAGGUAUUAAAUCGCCUGGUCUUUCUCGUGAUUUACCAUUUGGUGAUUCUGUAUAUAAUUUUGCAAUACGUGUUAUUGAUGAAGGUGGAAUCGGCGUGUCAAGUUAUAUACCAGUUAGUAUUAAAGUAAUUGAUGUAAAUAAUAAAGCACCAAUACCAACGAAUUUUCCAUGGAUUUUCAAACAAGGUAUCAAUCCAAGUAUUGAAGUUAUAUUCAAAGAUUACGAUGAUCCAAAAGAAAAUAAUACAAUUCCUUAUACAGUUAAAAUUGUUCAUCCGUCAAAUUUUAAACUUAUUGGUCCAACAAUAAACUUCAAUGGAUCUUAUAAAUUGAUAUAUAAUGGUAUUUUAAAUCGUACAUUAACAAAGAAUUUAACUGUUACAUUCCAUGCAAGUGAUCAUAAACGUUUUUCUAAAAUAACAACAAUUCCAAUUAUAAUACGUGAUGAAUUAAAUAUAUAUCCAAUAUCGAAUGCUUCUAAAACCAUCAAAAUUAUUUAUGUAAAUGAUUAUCAAAAUUCAUUACGUAAUAUUGAUCUUGGUUCAAUUUAUGUUAAUGAUUUAAACGAUUGGUUUCAUUCUAAUAGAAUUUAUUCAGUAAGAUAUGUUAGUAAUGGACAAAUAUUUAAUGUUUCAAAUGGUUUUUUACGUACAUCAGAAGCAUUAUAUCCGGGAUCUUAUACAAUACAUGUUGAAGUUACAAAGCCUAAUGUAACAUUAUCAGCUUUCAGUAAAAUUUAUCUUGAAGUAGAAACUAUUAAUAGUGAAUAUGUUCGAGAAGCAUCAACCAUUCGUAUUCAAGUAGUUUUAGACACCGAUGUAUUGAAUGCAUCAAAAAACUGCUUUUAUCGAAUGUCUUAUGAUGGCUUUCAUAAUUUAUAUAAAAAUUUACGUCAUUAUUUAGGUGAAUAUCCUGAAACAUUAAUUGAUCCAACACUUGGUUAUCCUCUUAAUAAACUUCAAAAUGCACUUGUAUCAUUAUUAUCUGUUACAAUCAAUUCAAUAAAAAUACUUGCAAUUCGUCCUGUUUUUCAAUAUCGAAGUUCAUAUUAUCCACCAAAAACUUUCGAACUUGACAAAAAUGAAACAUUAAUUGAUGUUAUAUUUUAUGUACCAAAUUUUAAUAAGUUCGAAGUUGAACAUAUCCUUAAUGCAAAUCUUAAUUUAUUUGAAUCACACUUUAAAAUAAAAGCUAUAGCUAGUGGACCAAAUCCUUGUAACAAUUAUGUUUGUCCUACGGGUACAAGUUGUCGACCAACACGAACAAUUCAUCCAAAACCUUCUACUAUUGAUACAAAUUUAACAUCGUUCGUUGGUAUUAAUAUUCUUGAUUCAGCUGAUUGUAUAAAUUCUACUUAUACUGUUAAUUUAAUAAAUAAACCAAAUGAAUGUAUUACUUCUACAUUUAAUAAUUUAACAUAUUGUUCAUCGAUAUCAUUAUUAUCUUAUGGUACAAUAGGACCAUGUUGUGAAAUACUUGGACGAACAUUUAAUGAAAAUGGUGAUGGAUAUGCAGUAUAUGCUGGUACAAAAUUUUCUAAUAUAGCUCCAGCACGUUUUUCAUUUGAUUUUAUUCUACGAUCACCAAUAAUUGAUGGUUUAAUUUUAUUAUAUGGACGAAAUUUACCACCAAUAAAUGAUUUUUUUUGGAUAGCUAUUGAAAUUUAUCAAACAAAAUUAAAAUUUCAUUUUCAAAAUACAAAAAUUCAUACAGAUAAAACUAUAUUGAAUCCAUUAACAUGGUAUCAUGUUGAAUGCCAGUUUAUCGAUUCGAUGGUUCUUUUAUCAGUGAAUGAUUGUCAAUAUGGUUUAUAUUUAGUAAAUAAUACUUUAAAUACAUAUAAUCUAUCAACUGUUAAAUUAUAUCUUGGUGGUUUACCUCUGACUGAUUCACUUUUAUCAAGUCUUUAUUCAUCAUUACCAUCAAUAAAUACAUUUAAUGGUUGUAUACGUAAUGUUUUAUCAAAUGGUUAUUAUCUUGAUAUGUCUAAAGAUUUAUCAUCAGCUAAUUCAAAUUAUGGUGAAUGUCCAUGUUCAAUUACAAAUUCAUGUAUUACAAAAGAACAUGUUAUAGAUAUUAUUAUACCUUGGUACACGUGGUUAAUUCUUGUACUUGUUUUAUUAUUAUUAGCCACAAUAUUUUCAAUAGUUUUAUUGAUACUUACAAGAAAAAGAAAACAAUUGAAAGCAUUAACAGGUUUAUAUAUGCAUGAUACAAGAGAUGAUAUUAUUAGUUAUAAAGACACUGCCGGCGAAGAAGAUCAUUCGAGAUAUAACCUACGUGUAUUAAAAAGACCAAUAUAUGAUUUACAAGAUAGUAAUAUUAUAUCCCAUAAUAGCAUAUCAAGUUAUCACGCUUCAAGGGUUUAUCUUCGACCAUCACUUAGUGAUUAUAUUGAGAAAAAACUUGAUGAACAAGUUAUAUCAUAUGCAAAUGAUACAAAAUUACAUUAUCAAUAUGAAGGUGAAGGUUCUAUAGCAUCAGAUUUAAGUUCUAUGGAAUCUUUAUCUUUACAAGAUGAAAAUGAUUAUAGAUUUUUGUAUUCAUUGGGACUAAAAUUUUCACCUUUAGAAGAUCGAUAUUCUGAUCACGUUCAGAAUAAUAAUAAUAAUAAUACUUAG